AUGACCGACCUCCCCAUGAGAAACGGCGUCGACCCCGUCAAGGGUAUCAAAGCUACCUCCAAUGAUGGCAGCACGGCCGGGGGUGCCCUGCAAGUCGAGCGUCAUGACUAUAUCGACAUGGCUCCGACAGAUCGCGAACGCUCGCACUCUAUGGAGGGGUUCGACGAUAUCUAUACUGACAUUGUCGACUACAUCGUGCGCUGCACGCACCGAAUCUGGGAUGAGCGAGACAUUGGCUUAAUUUAUACCCACUAUACCCACAACUGUGUUCUCUAUGGCACCAUGGGCACCAUCUACGACCGCGAGUCCAUCGUGCGGGAUACCAUCCAGCGCCUUGUCACCUUCCCCGAGCGCCGUGGCAUGGCUACCCAAGUUCUAUGGAACGGUGACGAUAAGAAGGGCUUCUACACUUCCCACUUGGUUACUGGCACCGGCCGGCACACCCAGUACGGCCAUUUUGGCCCUGCCACCGGCAAGGUCUUUGUGUCGCGCACCAUUGCCGACUGCAUGAUCUACCAGAACCGUAUCUACCGCGAGUGGGUCGUCGCCGAUAACAUGGCGAUCGUCAAACAGCUGGGUCUAGACCCCAACACUCUCGCGUACGAUGCUGCCAAGGCCCUUUUCGACAAGGGAGUUGAGGCUAUCGACAUUGGCGAGAACCGCCGCCUUAUCGGCCAGCAAAAUCCGCAAUGGGAGGCGGAUACCGCCAUUGCAAACAAUGACCUCGAGGCCGAGACCCUCGUGUGGCUGCAUACCAUGUGGAACUGUCGCAUGUUCAGUCGCGUCGAGAAGCACUACGCCCCCAACUGCCAGUACCACGGUCCCAAGAUGGCUGAGCUGUACGGCCCUUCUGCGGUCCUGCACCAGCACCUGGGCCUGCUUGGCUCCAUUCCCGACGCUGCCUACAUGCCCCAGCACAUCCUUUCCACGCCUUGUGAGGAGGGUGGCGUCAAGGUUGCUGUCCGCUGGGUGAUGGAGGGUCACCACCUCGGAUACGGGCUACUAAGCGAGCUGGGGAAGCCCACUGGGAUCCGCCUCCAAAUUAUGGGCAUGACGCAUUACCACUACAAGAACGGCAAGAUUGUUGACGAGUGGAAUAUAUAUGAUGAGCUCUCUAUUCUCAUGCAGAUGAAGCUUGGCAAGCUGGUUGAGGAGGCUAAGAAAAAUCAGAAGUAA